AUGGUGAAAUGUCUCGUAUUACAUGAUGUUUACUCACAAUCUCAACACUCUUCACGGCAAAGAAGAGAAGAAUUGAUCAAUGAACGUGAUUUUGAUGAAGAAGGUCAUGAUGACUCAGACUCUGACAAUGGUGACAUGCAACAGACAGUUCUAGAGACACAAGAAGUUGAAGAAGUCUACCAUAUUAACAUUGAUGAUGAUACAUCUAGUGCUAGACAAGGAAUUAGUUCACGAAGGUUAGGUGGAACCUCACAGAUUUCUACUACGGGUGGUUCACGAGAAGGUCGAAGGAGACAAUCUUUUGAGACAACAAUACAAGAUACAAUUGCUGGAUAUACAGAAUUUCAACGACUAAGUUUGCAACAACUUCGCCCUGGUGCUUUUGACCAAGCUGACUACGAUGAAUGGAAAAAGGCAGAAGCCAUAUUCCUUACUCUACAAAUUUCAAAGGACACUAAAUUUUACUGGGCGUGCCUUAAUACACUUAAGGUGUUAGGAUUUUGGCGUAAAUAUUUCAUUGAUAUAACAGGAAGCAUCGAUGAAGAUAAACUCCAGUUGCUAGAACCUAUGACUAGUGUUUCACGGAACAACCAAGAUGUCCCAAAACAGUUAGGUUCAAACCCAUCAUUUGGAAGUCCAAAUUUUGGAGGGUUAUCAUAUGGUAAUCCAUCUUCUUCUGGAGGGCACAAAUAA